GUGGCUCUUCAAAGGCAAGAGAGAAAUUAGCUGAAAAUUGUCUGCUUGCCUGCACUUGUGCAAUAUCUAAACUGGAUGAGGUAUUUGAAAGUCUUCAGAAUGGAAAUAUUACAAUAGAAGAGCUUACAAAAAUUCAUGCAAAUAUUGACCAAAUGAAGAGGUUGUACAAUUCUAUAGCACAAAAAGCACAUCAAGAUGCUGGUUAUGGUGAACUCAAAUCAACACUAAAACAGAGAUUUAAAGAGUUUGAGAUGUUCUCUGAAACACUUGAAUGUUUACAGCAUCUUUGCCAUUCAUUAGACCCAAUGAUAUGUGAUAUGUCUAAAGUUGCACAAGAGCUACGAAUGGAUUACAAGAGUAUCAAUAUUAAUCGCCUUUGUACCCGCCAUGAAGUGAAGUGUUUUCCUGCAGCUGAAGUUUUACUUUCCUUUGUAUGGAAGUUCAGUGUUUUUACAAGGGAGAAAAACAGUAGCCUUUUCUUAAGUGCUUGGUCAAAUACAAUGGACAAAGCCAGACAAAAAAACACAAUCCUGAGUAUUGGUGAUCUUCAGUCUCAAAUGUGGAUCCCAACUUUUGAUUAUUGUAGGAACCUUCUGGGAGAUUUGAUGGAUCUCUCUAUAACUCUUAAUGAUGUUGACAGCAUUUUCCAUGAGUUUACUGAGAGGGAAAUCACGAUUGAAGUAAAGCAUUUAUAUUAUGGUGUUCAAGUAUGCAUGAUGAAGGAACCAAGUGAUGAUGACUGGGUUGAAGGAGUUGUUCUAAAAAUCGUGGACUAUAGGAGGUUGUGUAGUUAUCGUGAUGCAGCCAUCUCAUUCCUAAAACUGAGGGACUUGCUUGGAAUCUCAGAAACAGACAUGACAGAUGUGGAGACAGUUGCAACUGAACUUUCUUCGGAUGAAAAUCAAACAUUAACUGAUAUUAGUUCGGAGUUGGUACAGACAGGCCAGUUUCUACAUGACUUCACAGGAGAAAAGUUGGAGUGUAUUGACAGUUUCUGUAUAUCCCAGAUAAUUGUUGUUUGGAUCAGAGACUCAACUAAAGCCAUAAUAAUAGGUCAGGCGGCUGUAUUUUACACCACAGAUGUGGGGGACCUCCAGAACUUUGUAAAUGUUGCUCUGGCAACUGCUGCUGGUGGAGAGGAUGACCUAGCAAGUGAUAAACUCUCGGCUCUCCGUACAGUGGGUAGUGGGUUCAGCUCCCUCAUAUACAAGCUGAGACCAGACAUAGGGUUCCAGGAACUCCGUGACAGGCUCUCCUCUGUUUGGGCAGCCUACAGAAAUGAUAAAAGGCUCCCGAAAAUGCUGGUAUGUUUAUUUGCGGAAGAACUCAUGUGCAGGGUUUUGAGGAGUUGUGUUAAUUAA